AUGUCCAACAUUCAGCAGACAAGUGAUAUCGCUUCACCAAAUAGUAUCUUUAUUACUACUGGAAAAGGAAUUCGCUACUACUUAAAAAACCACUCUCUAACGGUAAUAGCCGGAAAACCAUAUAAUAUCACAUGUGAGGCGUCGCGGGCAAGGCCUCCUGCAGUACUGCAAUGGGGUCUACCACAUAGUCUGGUUGUUCUUCAUCAGCAUCAGUCUGAUGUCAUUCAAGUUUUUCCUACCAGUGUGCUCUUUCUAACUGGAGGUAACCAGUCACAAUCAACAGUCCUAUACGUUCAAGAAGAUUCACCUACUUCAAUCACGUGUAAAAGGCUGCCAGAAAAUGUUGAAGUGACUGGCCCAGUGGAUCUGUACGACGGUAACGAAACCAAUAUUUCUUGCAGAACUAGAAAUAGCUACCCCGCUCCUCUAAUUCAUGCUUACAUUGGAUCAAGAAACCUGACAAACAAUUCAUCGCUGAAGUCUUCAUUGAAUAGAGCUGAUCGAUAUGAUGCUGUAAGAAUUCUGAUCUUCGUACCAAGGAGGUUUGACCAUGGGAAACGUCUUCUCUGCCAGGCAGUUCAACCAGAAACACCCUUGGGUCGCUCUAUAAAUGGUAGCAUGGUUCUGAACAUAUCAUAUGCCAACCCUCCUGCUUUCAUCUUCCAGUGGUUCUGUAACGGAACGGAACUCUCUGUUCACCGAAAUAACAUAACGCUCUACAAAACUGUAGUACAGGGUGAAACAGUGACUUCAAGUGAACUUUCAAUUGGAAACCCCAGUUCAGAAGAUCCUUGCGAGUUCGAAUGCAUCGCUAGUUCCACUUAUGGCUCUGGAACUGCAGUCUUAAACUCAACAUUUUACGUUCUACCAUCUAGUAUCCUGCUCUUUGUUCCUCACGCUGAAGGCCACCAAGAACAUGAAGAACAUGGAAGUCCGUCAAGAAGUCAAUACAUUAAAGAAGAUUCAAUCACUUCAGUCACGUGUAAAGCGAUUGGAUCAUUCCCAGCAACUGAAUUAGAAUGGUAUUUUCCUAAUGGCAACAUUAGUAUUCUUAACAUCACGAAGACCCGUAGUGUUGUCUCAGAUGAUAUUUUGGUUGACACUGAGACUUCCAUCACAAUACUACCGGGGAAGGAGGAUCACGGACAGAACAUUCAAUGCAACGCAUAUAUUGAUGGCAAGCUUGUUGAUCAGGCGGUAGCCAGAUUGAUGGUGUACGCCAUACCGGAUGAUGUUAAACUGACGGUCCCAGAUGAUCUUCAAGACGGUUCAAAAACCAACAUAACCUGCACAGCUCGCAAUGGGUAUCCUGCUCUUCUCAUCCACUGGUAUAUUGGAUCAAGAAACGUCACAGGCAAUUCAACCCUGAAAACAUCCAUCAACAGCGCCGAUCGAUAUGAUGCUGAAAGCACUCUGAUCCUCAUACCAAGUAGGUUUGACCAUGGGAAACGUCUUCUCUGUCAGGCAGUUCAACCUGAUACACCCUUGGAUUUCUUAAUAAAUAACUCGGAUAUUCUCCCGGUUGUUGGCGAUAAUAUAACUCUUGUUUGCGCCUUUACGUCCCCGUCCAAACAUCAUGUUCUAUCAUGGCUUCAUGUGGAAAACAGAAACGCGGUCAUAGCAAAGGAUAAAGGUGACGGGACAGAACCUACAUACGAGAAAGACAUUUCAGAUGCUUCGAAGUACAGUUUGAUGUCUGAUUCUUCCAGCGGAAACCUGACAAUAAGUUAUCUAGGGGUAGAUGACAGCGGCAGGUAUCGCUGCUUGGUUGCCACCAGUGCUGAUGCAUUUCAUAGUUCAUUUGAACUAAAGAUACUGUCACAAGUCACACCUAGUUCGGUAGUGAUUACAGACAACCGCUUUGACUACACUGAUGGAAAAUCAGUUACCCUUACCCUUGGACGAACCCACAAUCUAACAUGUACAGUCCAAGGUACUAGACCACCUCCAGAACUCAAAUGGAAAAAUCCUGAAGGAGUAGCGAUUGGAAUAGAAGAUCAGAUCAACACUGUUGAGGGUGAUUCUUACACUUCUUGUAAAGGUGUUUUUAUGAGACCAUCUAGACAUGAUGAUGGGAAGGUUUUAACUUGUGCUGCUUUACAUCGGGGGCUAGAUCGGAGUCUCAAUACAACCGUACGUUUAGAAGUUCAGGUUUCGCCUAGUAAUCUGUUGCUUACAACGUCUAAUAAAGUUACGAUCUCAAAGGCUGGAAUAAGAAGCGUGACUGUUUUUGAAGAUACAGUGACAUCAUUCAACUGCACAAGUGUAGGAUCUCGGCCGACAGCAGUUAUAUCAUGGUCUGUUGGGUUGGAUGAAGAUCCCGGUAGGACGACCUCUACGUCGAAAACAAAUCAGGAUGACCAAAGUUUACGCGACACAGAGUCCUUGCUUCUGCUGAAUCCAAUGAGGAGUCACCACUAUCAAUAUCUUCGGUGUGUGACUACUGUUGGUAUAAACCAACGUCAUACAGAGUUAAUGGUCAUGGUCAACGGGCCAUCUGAUCCUCCUAUUCUCGAUGGAACACAAAGCUUACAGGAUGGUGUAUCAUCUAAAGUCACUUGUACAGCAAACAAUGGUUACCCAGAACCAACCUUCCAGUGGUAUCUUGAAGCAAAUAAUGUCACCGGCAAAUCUAAAUUACAAUCCUCCUUGAAUAAAUAUCAUCGGUUUGACGCCAAAAGUAUCCUCAAACUCACCCCGACGAAAGAUGAUCAUGGAAGAUCUAUAGUCUGUCAGGUUUUUCAACCAAACGAUGCAUAUAUGAAGCCUCAAAGGGUUAAUGAUGUUCUUCAUGUUCUUUGUAAGUCUCAUCGAUCGAUCAAUUUUCAUAUAGCAGGUCGAUCAUUUAGUAUUACAAGUCAACUUCAUUAUUCUACCUUCGUAUUGCUUUAUGCAACGAGUACAUUUCAAGCAUGCCUCGUUUUCCCAUAA